GCACGUCAGGUUCGAAUCAGGCAGGCUAUUAUUCCAAGGGUCCGACAGAUCGCCCUUGCCACUCCACUGUCCACCACUCCUCCGUUACACCUCUCUUCCCUUGCGGCGACGACUGGGCUCGCCGGCUCUUCCCCGGCGACGAGCACCCCCAGGUCGGUUGGUUAGGCAGUUCGGACCGGCGGCGCGGCCAUGGCUUCCGACGGCAUCGCCCCCAGAGAUGUAUGUGUUGUUGGGGUUGCACGCACACCUAUGGGUGGUUUCCUUGGUGCCUUGUCUUCCUUGCCUGCAACAAAACUUGGCUCUAUAGCAAUUCAAGCCGCUCUGAAAAGAGCAAACGUGGAUCCGUCCCUUGUGCAGGAGGUCUACUUUGGAAACGUCUUGAGUGCUAAUUUGGGACAAGCUCCUGCAAGGCAAGCCGCUCUGGGUGCAGGGAUACCAAACGCUGUUGUCUGUACCACUGUUAACAAAGUCUGCGCAUCUGGCAUGAAAGCUACUAUGUUUGCAGCACAGUCAAUUCAACUGGGUAUCAAUGAUAUUGUUGUGGCAGGUGGCAUGGAAAGCAUGUCCAAUGCCCCAAAAUACAUUGCUGAAGCUAGGAAAGGGUCUCGUUUUGGACAUGACACACUUGUCGAUGGCAUGCUUAAGGAUGGCCUUUGGGAUGUAUAUGGUGAUUGUGCCAUGGGAAUGUGUGCCGAGCUUUGUGCUGACAAUCAUGCCCUUACAAGAGAAGAUCAGGAUGCUUUUGCUAUCCAAAGCAACGAGCGUGGAAUUGCUGCUCGUGACAGUGGUGCUUUUGCAUGGGAGAUUGUUCCGAUUGAAGUUCCUGUUGGGAGGGGAAAACCACCAGUACUUAUCGAAAAAGAUGAAAGUCUGGACAAGUUUGACCCCGUAAAACUGAAGAAACUCCGCCCAAGUUUCAAGGAGAAUGGUGGUACUGUUACAGCUGGAAAUGCUUCUAGUAUAAGUGAUGGAGCUGCUGCAUUAGUCUUGGUGAGUGGGCAGAAGGCUCAAGAGCUUGGCCUGCAAGUCCUUGCAAGGAUCAAAGGAUAUGCAGAUGCAGCUCAAGCUCCAGAGCUUUUUACAACCACUCCGGCACUUGCCAUACCAAAGGCUAUCGCAAAUGCUGGAUUAGAGUCAUCUCAUGUUGAUUUUUAUGAGAUUAAUGAAGCCUUUUCGGCCGUUGCACUUGCAAAUCAAAAGCUUCUCGGGAUUCCUUCAGAGAAGAUUAAUGUUCAUGGAGGAGCUGUAUCUUUAGGUCAUCCUCUUGGGUGUAGUGGUGCUCGGAUUUUGGUCACCCUUCUUGGAGUCCUUAGGGAGAAGGGUGGCAAGAUCGGUGUUGCUGGUGUCUGCAAUGGUGGAGGUGGAGCAUCAGCCCUUGUUCUUGAGCUCGCAUAAGAAAUACUGACCUGUGCAAUCCUUCCAGUAGUUAGCACAGGCUUCCUGAGGCAACCUUGUACUAUUAUAUCGGUGUUCAUUUUAUGUUGUAGCUUGUUGAACAUUCAUAGAUUAAUUUAGCAAUAAAGUUUGUUGUGCUUCAGUUACUUGCAUAGUAUCCUGCAAUAAGAGAAAUGGAGCAGAAUCUUUGUGCAGUUCUUGUAUGAAACCUUUACAUCUGGUUCAGGCACUCAAUAGCUGCAGUUUUUUUU